CUGCUGGCCAGGGGCAAGGACAGAGAACCGGUCGUCAUGACGACCACGGUGGAUGAGGUGGACGCACUGCCCGGCGCCUCGCUGCGGCUAGUGGACGGCCCGUCGCCCUGGGAGGGCCGGGUCCAGGUCUUCCACAAGGACCACUGGCGGUCCGUUUGCACCAACUCCAGAAAUGACUCACUCUGGAGCGGGUGGAAGUCGAGCUGGACGGCCGCCGACUCCAGAGUAGCGUGCCGCCAGCUGGGUCUCACCGGCGGACACUACGCCGACUGGUACCCCUGGCUCAACGGCACGCGACGACUGCUGUACGAGCGGCCCGGCUGCGACGGCUCGGAGGCGCGCGUCCAGGACUGCCGCUGGAGCAGCCGCGCCAUGGGCGCCGGCAUCUGCGAUGAGCACGCCGACCUGGCGCUGCGCUGUCUGCCGGUGUUCGAUGCCAGCCGGCCGGCCUCGCAGUGGCGCGGCGUCCGGUUCGAGCACGCCGCCCACGACAAGAUGCUCACCGCCGGCGACACGCUGUACGAGAAGUUCUCCCAGUCGAAGCUCUACCACCUGGAAGUGCUACACGCGGGCAUGGGGCUCGACAGACAGGUGCAUGCGGCGAUCGAGAGCGAGGGCGUGCCACCGCAGAUGUACGGCGUCACGGUCCGCCACUCGGCCGGCGGCGGCAUCAACAUCACGGCGCCAGACUCCUUGGUCAACAUCAACAACUGCACCGUCGAACACAACGCUGGCACCGGUAUCUACGUCAACACAUCCACGGGCCUCGUGCACGUGCACGACUGCCGGGUGCUGGGGAGCGGCGCCGACGGCCUGCGCCUGGUGCAGCACGACACGCAGACGCCGCGCCGCGAGGUGGACGGCACGGCCGUGGCCGACUUCUGCAGCUCGGGCACCAUCGCCCGCCAGAUCUUCCCACUCUACACCGUGGCGCAGCAGUUCAAGACCAGCCACCGGCCGAUCCGGUGCCAGAAGCGUUUCAGCUCCCGGAUCGGGCUGGUGCUCACCGUCAACUUCCUGUAUCUGAUGAACGAAGCCAACGACGAUGCCGAGAUCGGUUUUUACGACGGGAAGUCGGAGGCGUCUCCACUGCUCGGUAGUUUCAAGGUACGCAACGGCAGUCGGCCGCAGAGUCUGGUGACCACCCGCAACCACCUGCUGGUCACCUUCUCCGCCCGCAACCGGACGCAGACGGAGGUGUUCAUGGCCGUCACGGCCGGGCUCGGGAAAACGCACGACCUGAACGUCUCUAGCUCGGAAAUCUCUGACAACAAUGGACGCGGCAUCGCCGUGGAGAACCUGCGCUCGCUCGUGCACGUGCACCGCUCCGUCGUGGUCAACAACUCCCACGUGGCCGGCGUGCACGUGCGGGGCGGUGGCGGAGACGUCAACAUCACGUGGUCGCAGAUCACCGGCAACAACGGCGACGGCAUCAACAUCACCUACGCCGGUGGUGCACAGAACAUCUCUUGGUGCGAGAUAGCGGACAACAGAGGCCGCGGCCUGUCACUGUGGUACAACGAGACCCGCGAGGUGGUGGCCUUCAGCCAGCAGCUUGUGUUGGCCUAUUCUAACUUCUCCGAGAACUGGCUGCAGGGUGCGUUCGUCGGCAACUUUUGCCGCGACUCGUUCGUCAACAUCAGCGGUAACGUGUUCCGGCGCGCGCGCCAGGACGCCGUGGACCUGUGGACGUGCCAGCGCCCCACGCGGGGUGCGCUGACGCUUCAGAUCGGCCACAACCGCUUCCUCAACAACGAGAGACUGGCGGUCAACAUGGCUCCCGUGUCGAACGUGUUCGGCAACAUCGAGUACAACUACUUCGCGGACCAGCUGGUGGCGACGCUGAGGCUGUACAGCGGCGACACGCCGGCCGUCGAGAAGCUGCCGCUCCAACUCAACAUCACGCACAACUUUUUCGAGCGCAACGCCGGCAUGUACGUGGUGAACAUCGGCGCCUCUCAGUACGCGCACGACUCCGCCCAGCAGAUCCUCUUCACCAAGAACUUCCUGCAGAAGAACAACGUGUCGGAGCCGUUUCCCAGCCUGAACCCGCGUAACCGCGUGGCGGCCGUGGUCACCGUCUCCUCGGCGUCGGCCGUCGUCUACCGCAACAUCCUGGAGAACCCCGCCUCGCGCUACGAACUGGGUGUCCACUUCGAGGACCAGAGCGCCAACGCCAACUUCUCGCACAACUGGCUCGGCUUCAAGCGCUCCAACCAGGUGUACGACCGCGUGUUCGACCGCAAGGACCGCUACAACCUGGCCAAGGCCGACUUCGAGCCGUUCCUGCUGAGCGAGAACGACCCCAACUCGAUCCUGCUCUCGCUCAACGAGCAGUUCGUGCCGAGCUUCGGGCCGAACGAGCUGGGUGAGAUCGGCGGCGAGAUCGCCGGCCAGGUCAUCCUGCCCGACGGCACGUUCUCGGUCACCCGUGACAUCUACGUCAGGCCGGGCGCGCGCCUGACCGUGGCCUUCGGCGUGCGCCUCGAGUUUGAGCACAGCGUCGGUAUGAUGGUGGCCGGCCACCUGCACGCCGAGGGAUCCUCCAUGAGCGAGGAGAAGCGUGUCACGCUCAGUCUGCAGGAGCGUGACCAGCGGGACAACGUCAGCCUGGCGCCCGUCCGGCUGGUGGGCGGCCGCACUGAGCGCGAGGGCCGCCUGCAGGUGCUGCUGAACAACGAGUGGGGCACGGUGUGCGACCACGGCUGGAGCGUGCUGAAUGCGGCGCUGGUAUGCCGCCAGCUGGGCUGGGUGCUGAACCCGCUGGACUGGCGGCUGGAGCGGGCUCAGGUGCCGCUGGAGGGCCUCGACUCGCGCGUCCUCAUGAGCUCGGUGCGGUGUUCGGUGACCGACACGGACGUGACCCGGUGUCAGCACGAGUCGGCUGACGAGCUGGAGCGCACGUGCCCGCACGAGGCGGACGUGGCGCUGCGCUGCUCCGAUGUCAGCUGGGCCGGCGUCCGGUUCGGCCUGCCCGCCGAAAAGAACAUCCUGAAGAACGUCUGGCUGGAGCACGCCGGGCUGAUCGAUCACGCCACGUACACGUUCGGGCCUGCGCUGCGAAUGGACUUCAAUCACCACGUGCUGGAGUCGGUGGUGCUGACAAACAAUGACGGGGACGGCGUGGGCGUCAUGUUCUCCGACGUAUUCAAGAUCGACUAUGUCAACCACCUGAAGCGCGUCGAGGCUAAGAUGAACCGCGGCCACGGCAUCUCCAUGAGAACGCUCUGGAUGGAGAUGACAGACUGUCUGGUGGAGGAAAACGGCGAGUCGGGCCUGCACUAUGACCCGGCGCUGAGCCGUCACGAGCGGCGCGAGCUGCUUGGCUGGGUGGGCCUGGCGCGGGAGAGGCGUGUCAGCCUGCCGUCGGCCGCCACCCGGCUCGAGCUCGACCUCUACAAACCCACCUACCUGGUGACCGAAGGCAGCCAGGACGCCACCGAGCGCGUCUUCUACGUCACGACGUCGCGGGAGAACGUCAUCGGGAUCCAGGUGCUGAGUCCGGGCGCCGACGACUCGUCGGAGGACCUUCACAUCUACGACUUCUACGAGGUCCGACCCAGCGCUGUGACGUGGCAGCUGCGCCGGGACCUCCUGGCGUUCCCCAUCAGCUCGUCCAGCUACCAGAUCACGCUGCGGUACGUGACGCGUGGUCCAGCCAGCGGCGGCGCCGUCCUCCUCCUGACAGCCGUCAGACGCACUGACGUGCGGGAGGUUCGACCGACGUCGCUGCUCAGGUGGCGGCGGGCCUUGGGCAGGGUGCCGAGGCUGCGUGUCCGCAACUCGCUCAUCAGGAAGAACCGACACGGCCUCUCGACAUUCUUCUACAACAGGUACCGCGGCGAUCAGGGCGAGCUGUUUCUGCGCAAGGCCAACGCGUCGAUCGAGCUGUACGACUCGGAGAUAUCUGGCAGCCGCGAGGAAGCCGUCUUCUUGCUGUCGCCGUACCGAGAGGAUGUGUCGCGCAACAUCUCCGAGCUGACUGUCGUCAUCAACCGCACCAGGAUCGACAACAACGGCGCCGGCGUCCGUCAGUUCGCCAGGGAUCACUGGCUGUCCAACAACCUCUUCCACUGGGUACUGGACAACAAUACCAUUACGUCCAACCGCCGUGGUGGCCUGGACCUGACGCUGCCGUUCGUGUGGCAGUACAACGAGAACUUCACCCACUCGGUCUACAUCGCCGACAACACGUUUUCCGCCAAUCGCGACUUCGAGGGCGUCAUCGGCGGCCACUUCGCGCGGCUGCAGCUGCUGCGCAACACGUUCUCGGACAACGUGUGUGGCCGGGACGCGGGCCUGCUGUCGGUGCGUGGCAUGGAGAAGGAGCUGCUGAUCGCGGGCAACACCAUGCGGCGCAACACGGGCCGGUUCAUGGUGCAGGUGGACAUCGACAGCCAGUCGGAGAUCCAGGGCCACGUCAGCGCCAGCCUCACGCGCAACGAGGUGCGCUUCAACGAGCAGCCGCUGACGGCCGCGGCGCCGUCCCUCCCGGCCAGCCACGUGAUCGAAGUGCGCGGCGUGCAGCGCGUUAACGUGACGCACAAUCUUUUCGGCCGCAACCAGAUGGAUUACGAGUUCCUGGCGGGCACGCGCUCCUCCAGUCUGGCAACCGAGCUGGUGGCCCGCCACAACUGGUGGGGCACGCGCGACCCGCACCAGAUCCGGGAGCGCAUCUUCGACUUCGACGACUGGAACAGCUACGCCAUCGCCCAGUUCAGUCCGUUCCUGACGUCCGACGCGCUGGCGGGGCCGGAGGAGAGCGAGCUGGAGCGCGAGCCGCAGCCGGACCCAGACAACCUGGGCGGCCGGAUACGGCGUAACCUGACCCUCAGGUGGCGGCCGCAGCCGUACGUGGUGCGGUCCGACAUCACCGUGCUGCCGGGCGCCACGCUGCGUCUGGAGCCGGGCGUCACGCUCGAGUUUUACCCGUCGGUCGGCCUGCUCGUGCUCGGCACGCUGCUGGCCGUCGGCGACGAGAAGCGGCGCGUCACGCUGCGCCCGCUGUCGCGCCAGGAGGUGCACUACCGCGUGGGUCGCGCCCUGGCGCAGCGCCAGCUCUGGGGACACGACGAGCGGCCGACGCGGCUGCGUCUGUGCGCCGCCGGCCGCUGCGGCGGCCACGCCGGCUUCCUCGAGCUCUUCAACGCCACCACGGUGCAGUGGGUGCCCGUGUGCGACCGGCGCUUCUCGGACCGCAACGCCGAGGUGGUCUGCCGCCAGCUGGGACGGCCCACGUUGAACGUGCAUCUGCGCCACGGCCGGCGGGCCGAGUUCCACGCCAGCUCUGUGAGCCUGGUCACUGCCUGGCCGGAGCCGCUCGAGUGCGCCGGCACCGAGGCCGAGCUGAGCGCUUGUCGACUGCGCAUGACCGGCCGGCCGCUGCACGCCGUGCCGCGCUGCCACUGGCGCGACCGCUACGUCUUCAUCGAGUGCGGCGACAGCAACGUUAACGACACGACGCAGGCCUGGGGCGGGGUGCGCUUCGCCACGCCCAGCUUCGAGGUGCAGUCGUUCUUCGAGCGGCUGCACGAUGUGGAGACGCACGGCCGCCGCCGCACCCGCCAGUCUCAGCUGCACUUCGUGGACGUGGUCGGCGCCGGCUGGCUGCACGGCGAGAAGUCGCCGGCCGUGCUCAGCGUGUUCAUGUCUCCUGACGUACGCGCCGUCACCGUCCGAAAUAGCCUGAGCGACGGCGUCACCGUGGUCAACCCCACACACUCACUGGACUUCAUGCACCUCUGGGUGCACCACAACCUGGGGAUCGGCAUGAACACCAUCAUGCUGACGGGCGAGGCGCGCAGCUCGGGCCGCAGCUCGUUCGUCCCCAUCCAGCAGGUUGCCCUGCCCUACAACCUAUUUGGCAUGGUGGACAUGUGCGAUGCGCACAAGGAGAUCCAAGUGCAGGAGAGGAUCCUGGUCUACUACAAGUACGACAACAGACCAGUGGACUGCGUCAAGAUUUUCACAUCGGCCGCCCGCAUCAAAACCUUUGGAUUUAGGCUGCUGCAGUUUAACCUGGUGAACUCGACCGACGAGCCGCUGCUGACUCCCGACUUCCUCCGACUGUACGACGGCGACAUCUACAACGUGACGUCCCGGCGACUGGCGGAGCUGACGGCCGACGCCGCGACCACCACCGUCUUCCACACCACCAACGAGACGUCGCUGAGCGUGCAGCUGCACGCCAGCGGCGCCGGCAGCAGGCACGGCUUCAUCGCCGAGGUCGUCACGCUGCCCGUCUCCUCGAUUGGCUUUAGUCGGGACGUGCGUCACAACGUCUCCUACUCGGAGAUAUCCGACAACGAGGGCGGCGGCAUCUCCUACAUGAACGCCGGCGAGAUCAACCCGACGCUGACUCUCGAGUGGAACCGGCUGCUGCGCAACGGCCGUCGCCUCUACGGCAACUUCACCUCCAGUCGCGCCGCCGUCAACGUGGACGUGCAGAACACGCAGCACCUCUACUUCACGAACAACGUGCUGCAGCACAACCAGGGUGGCCUGCGGAUCCGCGCCGACUCCAGCGGCCUGGCCACGGCGCUCAAGGCCUACAUCUACCUCAACCUGUUCAGCGACAACGACGGCUGGUCCACGCUCUAUGUGGAGGGGCGCAAGACAUCACCGUACCAGGAGGCCAUCCUCUACUACAACUACUUCACCCGCGCCAACUGCACAUAUCAAAACGUGCUGGAAUUCGCCCAGGUGGUCGCCAACUUCAGCUACAAUCUGGUGCACAACAAUCACGGCUUCCACAUCAUGAAGGUAUCCGGCUUCGAGCGUGUCCACUUGCCCAUCUACCAGAACUUCGCGCACAACGGCUUCUUGUGGAAUCACGCCACGGAUCCGGAGGAGCGCACCACCAUCCUGGCGGGCAGCGCCGGCCAGCAGUAUGUCGACAACGUGCUGGUCAACCCGCACAACAACUACGAACUGGUCACCAUCAACCGCACGCAGCAAGAUCUUAAAAUUUCGAACUAUAGGUAUGAGGUGUGGCGCACCCCACUGGACGCCCGCCACAACUGGUGGGGCUACAACGAGUCGCUAGCCAUCCAGGGACGCAUCAAGGACAAGCUGGACGGCCAGGGCUUGCUGGAAGUCAACUUCAGGUGGGAGAGCUUGCUGCCUGCCGUGGCGACCCGUGUGGCAGCACAGCAGCUGCUGCAGUACUACGGCGGCCAGAAGGCGGCCGGCCGGCCGCUGCCAGCCGCCUACCGCGGCGUGGAGGACGACCCGCACCAGAUGGGUGGUGACUUCAUACUGGACGGCGCCGGCCGGCUGGCGCUGGUACACUGCAGCACGAGCCCGCCCGACCGGCCCUCCGUCCAGCACCUGUUGGAGACGCUCGGCCGCCUCGGUGACGGCCAGCCCUAG